AGCUUGUUCUCAUUCUUGUUAUUUGAGUGCUCUUUCACUCUCCUCCGCCAUGCCCGACCCUGCUAAAUCUGCUCCUGCCCCCAAAAAGGGCUCCAAGAAAGCCGUAACCAAGGCCCAGAAAAAGGACGGCAAGAAGCGCAAGCGCAGCCGCAAAGAGAGUUACUCUAUCUACGUGUACAAGGUGCUGAAGCAAGUCCACCCCGACACCGGCAUCUCAUCGAAGGCCAUGGGCAUCAUGAACUCCUUCGUCAACGACAUCUUUGAGCGCAUCGCUGGCGAGGCUUCCCGCCUGGCGCAUUACAACAAGCGCUCGACCAUCACCUCCAGGGAGAUCCAGACGGCCGUGCGCCUGCUGCUGCCCGGGGAGCUGGCCAAGCACGCCGUGUCCGAGGGCACAAAGGCCGUCACCAAGUACACCAGCUCCAAGUGAGCUCUCGCAGCUGCCGGCAAUCCAAAGGCUCUUUUCAGAGCCACUCACGCUUCCAGAGAAAGAGCCUGUGCAUUUUGCUUGUAGUCUUUUGGGUGGGCUCCGGCCAGCCUCCAUUAGGAGGGAAGACGGCGGGAAAAGGUAAGCUAAGCUCCUUAGGCUUUUUGCGUGUGAGUAUAGACGCUCCAUCAGACAAAUUUAGCUUGGGUUCUUAGAUACCCUUGGGGAAAAAGGCUUGCAGUUGUGCUUUAAGCUGUAAUUACAAGUUUGCUUUCGGUUUUCGGUUACUCUUUCCUUUCGUUUUUUUUUUUUUUUUUUUUUUUGAAAUGGAGUCUUGCUCUGUCGCCCAGGAUAGAGUGCAGUGCCGCGAUCUCGGCUCCCGGGUUCAACCAAUUCUCCUGCUUCGGCCUCCUAAGUAGCUGGGAUUACAGGCGCCCGCCACAGUGCCCGACUAAUUAUUGCAUUUUUAGUAGAGACGGAGUUUUGCCGUCUUGACCAGGCUAGUCUCGAACUCCUGACCUCGUGAUCCACCCAUCUUGGCCUCCCAAAAUGUUGGGAUAACAGGCGUGAACCGUCGCGCGCGGCCGGGUUAUUCUUUCAGUGCCUGUAACGUCCCCCUUCUUUGAUUGGUCAACGCUCUAUUUGAAAAGCCCGCCAAGGGCUGCAAUUUGCCAGAUAGUCUCAUCCGGGUUGUUUUUUGAAGAGGUUCUCCCGGAAUGGAAAUGACCGUUAUCUGCAGGAGCGCAUCGGACUCUGGCGCCAAGAGCCGGAAGCUGUGAAUUAACCGUCCCACUUUCUGCAGUUGUGCGGAUCCUGGGUGACAUUGACUUACCGGUGUCCAUUUUCCAUACACUUUAGAGAAUAGGCAUCUCGUCUGGCAUCGCUGCAGAUAUGCUAGGGUGGGUUGAAAUUAUUGGUGUCAAAGCGGGACGGGAAACAUUAAAGGCUAAGGAAGCUCCUUUAGGAUAAAAUGUUGAACAAAGAACCUGGCAACUUGGGAAAGCCGCUUUUUUGCAAUGUUAAUCAGUUGGCCUUGGUGAGAGAGGUGUGCCAGGAUUAGCUGGGGCGGGGGCAGCGUUCAGGCUGGGAUUUUAAAGUCCAUGAUUAGGAAUCCUGAGAUAGAAGUUGGAGAACCCCGCGUUUAAAGAGAAGCGGACCCCAGAAGAGAUCACAGAAAUAGGAGGUAAACCAAGAGCGUGCGAGUACAAGGGAGUGGAGACUUUUCAAGGCAUGAUCCACUCUUCUCAAGAGUGCCUGAAUUCUCAUAGCAUUGCAUCCUCUGCCACUGCGUUAUCCCCUCUUCAAUAAAUUACUUCUAUUGUAAAUCUUUAGCAGCAAAAUAGCAAGCCCCUCCACAAUUCCACUCCAGGCUUUAAAAUCACCCCUUAACUUUUCCUUUAUUUGCCUGACGUCACUUCCUUUGCAGCUAUGGGUGGAAGGCUAUCUCGGACGAAGAGUCGCGUCUCUGUCACAGGUGACAAGCAGCCCCGAAUUAUGCCAAUUGGUUAGUGGGUCGUUCAAAAUACAUUGUAGGAUUUGCCGUUCACUUCCCUAAAAUGUUCUCUUCCCCAGUCCCCGUACCUUGUCAUUAAAGUUUGGUGCCUCGGGCUUGGCGACAGAGCUUAUCGACAAGCUAAGUUACUUGGAGAGCAGUCCCCUGAUUUCAUCAUGUUCUUUAACUUGGCAUCACAUUUGUCCCCUCCUUUCAUUCCUCUUCGCUCUCUUUUUCGAGAUUCGUUUCUCCCUGCCCAUCCCGCGUCCUUGAGAGAACAUCUGAGGGGUGAUUAGCCUCCGAGUGGGUGAGAGAGUACGUGUGGCCUUCUCCUGCCAUCUUGUGGCAAAAAAGCAAAAGCACAAGUUCAAGGCGUUGUGUUUUCCAGCCCCAGUUAAAAUGCUUUCUUCUUAACUUUCUACUGAGUCAGUGGGCUAGGGCAGGGUUUCCAUUUUUCACUCCUUUUAAUUGCAGGAUUCAAGUUUCUUCAAGAGUUGUUAGUGCGGAGGUUAAAAGGGAGCGGGAGGGGGGCGGGGGAGUUAAUAGGAAGAGCGAGGAGUGGGUAAGGGAGAAAGUCCUGUUGAGCUUUGUGAUCUGGUCAGAGCUGUCCAAAAGAAAUAAACAAAUAAAAAAAGCAAAUGCUUUAUACCCUAAAAUAAAUAAUAAUACGAUCAUGCUUUCUAGUUCUAUUAGAUUAAGUCCCCACACUUACAACUCAAUUUAACCUUAAUUAUCUGUUUAAAGGCCCUGUCUUCAAAUACCAACCACACUGAGGGUUGGGACUUCGACAUGAAGUUGUUUUGUUUUGUUCUGUUUUUUGAGACAGAGUCUCACUCUGUCGCCCAGGCUGGAGUGCAGUGGAGCAAUCUCGGCUCACUGCAACUUCCACCUCCUGGGUUCAAGUGAUUCUUCUUCCUCAACCUCCUGAGUAGCUGAACUACAGACAGGCACCUGCCACCGCGCCCAGCUAAUUUUUGUGUUUUUAGUACAGACAGGGUUUCACCAUGUUGUCCAGGCUGGUCUUGGACUCCCAAAGUUCUGGGAUUACAGGCGCGAGCCACUGCACCUGGUCUGUUUUGGGGGAACACAAUGAAGUCCAUAACAGCACUUAAGACCAUUUUCCAUGCUUUCAUCCCGACUUUCUAUUCCAAGUUCUCCUUUAUAAAAUAUCUACAUUUAGCUUAAUUUGCAGAUAAGGUGACAGUUAUGAUAUUCCUUAAACCAGAAGUUAAAAGUCAGUUGCUAACAAAGGCCCAGCACAUUAGAGCAAAAACAGCUGGAUAUUAAAAACCAUGCCUUAUCUCUAUAAAGAGAGGUGCUAUUUGCUAUUUUUCUUGAAACACAGACUUCUGGCAUAUUUCAUUUUUCCAGUUUUGAUAGAGAUAAUUGACCAAGAUAUAUUUCACUGUUUUCUUAAUUCUGCUGUAAGAACAACCAUAGCACAAGCAUAUUGAUAAAUGCCAACUAAUAUGGAAACUAACAGGACCAGUGGUAACGAGAACUGAAGACAAAACCUGUGCAAUUUGAUUUCACUGAUUUCUCCCUUCUAGCAAUGCAAGCACAAGGACAGUGUGACUUCCAAUUUUUCAAGAGUAUAUGCAGCUUAAUGUGAAAUAUUAUAAAUUUUCAAUACUGAGAGCUAAUAAAAGAUUUAUAUAAUGGUACAGACUAUUAAAUCUGUUGACUUCAUCAAGUCCUUCACCUCUAAAGUAGAGAUCUCAUGAAGCCCUUCAUCCUUGAAGUUGAGAUCUCUGGACAUUAACAAAGACUCCUGUAUCCAUGAUAAGCUUUUCACCAAGCUGCUCUUUCUGCCAUCAGGGCCCAGAUCAAAUGUCCCGGCCUUCCCAACUUUCUAAAUUCUCAGCUGAAAAUAAUUCAUUCCUCACUUGGCCCCUCUGGAUAAAGCAUCAGGCCUCACAUACAUCAGGCAUUCAAGAGUUAUUUUCUGCCAGUUAAGUAAAUGGAUACAGUGAAUUAAAAGAAAAAACAAAAAAUUCAGUUCUCACAGCUAUGAGGUAAAAGUGGUGAAAGAUGUUUGGAGUUGUUCAUUGUGGAU